CGUUGGAUUGUCCUUGAUCUUGACGAGGAUCGAUGAUUUGUUCGAUGAUCAAUGACACAACUGCAGGGUGAUUUGGUUAGGGCUCAGUUGAAUUUCGGUGGUCCUACGCAGUAAAGAGGUUCUCACUAUUCUGAGUAUGAAUAGAAUCUCGUGGUCCUAAAUCUGACUUCAGACUAUUUUCAAUUCAUUUUGUGAAUAAAUCAUAUCCAUGUGGACAAUUCUGUUUUCGACUAUAGCUUUAAUGCUUAGCAUUAUUAUCAUCUAUCUGUUGUACAUCAAAAGCUCAACAAAAUUACCACCUGGGCCAAUCAGUUGGCCUUUAAUUGGAUAUAUAUCUUGUUUAGGUACUGAUGCUUUUCGUAAAAUUCAGCAGUUAAAUAAGAUUUAUGGUGAUAUUGUGUCAUUUCAAGUUUUGGGAAAAACAAUAAUCAUAUUGUAUAACUAUGAUUUAAUAAACGAAGCAGCAAAUGAGAAUCGUUCGAAAGUUGGACGAUAUACAAUGACUGUAAAUGAUUUAUUGGCAGAAAAUUCAGGUAUUUCAAAUUACGACACACCAAAGGCACUGGAAAUGAGAAGAGCUCUUUUACGUCUUAUACAUAAUAAUAUAAAAACAGCCGAAGAACACGAAGGUACUAAAUUGCACCCAAUUAUAUUGCAGAAUAUAAUCAACGCUCAAAUAAAUGAAUUGAUUCGACAGUUGAGAAUAAGACAAGGAAAACCUGUCAAUAUUUUACAAUUGGUGAGAUGCACAGUUUGGAGAAUUAUUUGGAACUUAGUUUUUGGAAAAGAGUGUCAGUUAACCGACAAACAAAUUUCAAAUACUCUAGAUGAUAUCUCAUCGAAUAAUUUACAAAAUCAACUUUUUCAAACAAGACAACUAUUGCCUAGAUUUUGAUAAGUUCCAUGUUCAUUCUACUUCAUGUUUUAAAUUUUAAACUUAAUGCACAUGAAAAAUUGUCUAAAAAUGAAAAUGAACCUUAAAUUGUAACACUUUCUAGUCAACAUGAUAAUAGUGCAGGAUCUAUUAAGAAUAUAGUUCUUUCCAAAAAACUAAACUUCAUAUCACCAGAGACCCUAAAUGCUCUAGUACGGCCGAGGGUGGGGAGAUUCCGCUCUCCCUCUCGAAAUGCUCUUACAUGGUCACGUGCAUACAACCACUGACAGGGAAGUCCUGUUCACUGCCUUCCCGCGGCAUUACUGUUGUUUAAGAAAUUGAGAGGACAGAAAGUGAAUGCCUGACGCUUUAACCAGGUUGGUGGAUACUGAGAGUUCACCUAGGGGAUUUGGAUAACCCUGAUUCCAAACCAAUGGUGCACAUGGUCUCCAGUAUCCUGAAGGAACAAAUGGCGUGUGAAACAAUUAUUGGUCACCGGCUACCAUGGGACUGCAUCUCGUGACGUUGCUCCACUGCCUUGUGGAUAAGACCUUUAUGGGCAAGGGUCCGGAUGUGGGUCCCUAAUAAAACCACCUACUUUAGUCUGGGCACUCAGACAGUAUCUCAGCCCACUCGCAAAUCAAAUGAGAUUUGUGUGGCGCAUAUGUAUUCGGUGCCCAUUCGUACCAAUAUUUAUGCGUUCAAAUAAUAAUAGAUCAAUAAAAGAAAUUAAGCGAAUGAUGAGCAAGAGAAUGGAAAUAUCGACUUCAUAAGAAUGACAAAUAUGAAAAAUAUAUUUUAAAAAAAAUUCGAUAAAAAUAAUUAGUAUGAAAUAUUAAAAAAUAACAGUCUUAAAGAAAAUAAAUGACCAGAAUAUCUACUUCACUGAUAUAGAUUAUUGGCCGAACCAUUUAAUAUCUGUAAUUAGUGUACAGGUGGUCGAAAUAAAUAAGCCUGUACAUUUAAAGAUUUACUUAAUCGAAUGGUCAAUAACUUUAAUCACUAAGCUUCUAUGUAGUAAAAAUUGAUUUUCUCCUUUAAAUUUAAUGAAAAGUAACAAGAAAUAGUUUCGUGGAUUGCUUGAAUUUAGACAUUAACACCGUUGGGUGCAGGCUCAGUGAUCUAGAGGUUAAGCGUUCGUGCGGGAGACCGAAGGUUCUGGGUCCGAAUCCAGAGUGUGGGAUCGUGGAUGCGCGUUGCUGAGGUGUCCCAUACUAGGAUGAGACGGCCGUUCAGUGCUUCCAGGUUUUCAGUGGUAGUCUAACAUUCAUCGAUAACGUCUAGAUAGUAUAGUGAGCUAGGAAUUAAACGUAUACUAGACAUUCUACAAGUGGCGACUGAAUGCCGUUUAACUACAUUACAUUACUAUUUACUUUAAAAUAUUUAAAAGUAAUCAUUUUUGCUUUGCAUACCAAUUCUUUACUUCAGUGUGAACAUUUUUAGACAUUCUCAAUUCGCUAGAAAAUUAUUCGACAUUGAAGAGAUAUUACAGAAACACAAGACCGUACGACAGUUAAUUGAUAGCAAUGUCGGUGACAUAUAUAAUUCGGACUCAUUAUUGUGUCAAUUAAUCAAUGAUUCAAAAUUGAAUUUAAAUAAAAAUGAUAUUUCACGUCUUUCAUUUGAAUUAAUGGCUGCUGGUACUGAUACUACGUCUUUAACAUUAACAUGGGCAUGUGAUUAUCUAACAAGAGCUCCACCGAAAGAAUCAUUUAAACUAAGCUCAGAUGUUAUUGAUAUGAUUCAUCGUUGGGCUAGUGUAGUUCCUCUGUCAUUACCUCAUAUAGCACGUGAAUCUUUUAAGCUCAAAAAUUAUUAUAUACCGAAAUCAUCAAUCUUAAUAUAUAAUCUUUAUGCUGUACAUAAUAGUCAGUUAAAAAAAUUGAUUAAUACUGAACAAAAAUCGGAUGAAAUCCAAGAAAGUGAUAAGCCAAUACCAUUUUCACUUGGUUCUAGAUCAUGUCCUGGUGCUCGUAUAGCUACUAUACUAAUUGAACAAAUUUUAACAGCUAUUAAUCAAGAAUUUCUUAUUCAAAAUAUUACUCAAUCACCAUUUCAAACAAUUCGUCCAGGAAAUCAAGAAAGUUUAACACCUUUUGGAAUUACACGUACUCCACAUAAAUCUAUGUAUAUAUUUGUUACAAAAUUAAAUGGAAGCAGAAGAACAAGUAUUUAAUAAAUAAGAUUUUAAUUAAAUUAUAUCGAAAGAUUAUUUUAAAUUAAUUAUAAUAAUGAACUGAUAAAAUUGUGAAGUAAAUAUGAUUUUCUUAAGUUAACUCUAUUGAUAUUAAUAAUUUGUUCUUUUAUUAAUACUACUUAAUUAUUUAUUUAUAGCAAUGGAAA